CCCCCCCCACCAAAGACUCAUUUUGACCAGCCCGCAGGACAAUUGAUUGGUUCACUAGACUGAAGGAAGGCGGGACCUACAAAGCUCAGCUGUUUACUGAUCCUUCCCGCUGGAGGCUUUCCCCGCUUUCUUUCAUUGGAUGGAUGUGGCUGUCAGUCAACGAGCUACCCGGAAAUGUGCCCUUGCUGUCUGCUGGAAUGAGUGAGCGACAGGGAGUUCACCCUUUUUGGUGAGGCUCAGGGAUUUGUGAUGGAGUGAGAAGAAACGAAGAAAGCUCUCUGUUCUGAGAUGUCGGCGACUUCUGAUGGGAUCAUGGCUCUGGAGCCGUUUCGUGUGACGCAGUCUCCACCAGCCGCUUACUAUGUUCCAGAUUUCAUCACAGAGGCAGAGGAGGCGUACCUUUUGCAACAGGUUUAUGAUGCUCCCAAGCCCAAGUGGACUCAGCUGUCGGGGAGGAGGCUGCAGAACUGGGGAGGGCUGCCUCACCCCAAAGGGAUGGUUCUGGAGAAGCUGCCCGCCUGGCUCCAGGCCUGUGCCGACAAAGUGUCCUCCCUCGGCGUUUUCGGAGGGAAAAUGGCGAACCACGUCCUGGUCAACGAGUACCACCCUGGCGAGGGCAUCAUGCCUCACGAGGACGGCCCCCUCUAUUUCCCCACCGUCACAACCAUCAACCUGGGGUCUCACACCCUCCUCGACUUCUACUAUCCCAUCAGCAGAAGGCAGCAAUCGGAAGGCGGAGAGGGGCCCAUCCCUCAGACUGAAGAUCAGCGCCACUUCUUGUCCUUGCUCCUGAAGCCCCGUAGCCUCUUGGUCUUGCGGGAGGACAUGUACUGCCACUACCUUCACGGCAUCUGCCCGGUUGCUGAGGACACUGUCACAGAGAAAGUGGCCAACGCAGGCAUGUGUGACGCCGAACUUGGGGACACGUUGCAGCGGGGCACACGGGUGUCGCUCACCAUCCGUCAUGUCCCCAAAGUGCUGAAAACCUCUAUUUUCCUGGGCAGACGGAAGUGACCGUUUUGCUUUGUGGUGGCCCACGCACUGGAAUGCUUUUCUGUCCACAAGCAGCUCCCUGCAUGCAGAGAGCCAGCAUCUCAGGGAGAAGGGUUCUAGCCUAGACCCUCUCUCUCUCUCUCUCUCUCUCUCUCUCUCUCUCUCUCUCUCUCUGGGAUGCAGGGAAUGUUUCUGCGUACAGAGAGUUUGUGGUGGUUCUUUGCUUUUUUAGCAUGGAGGAGUAUUCCUCCUUGUAGUCUGAAGUGUUGCAGUCCAUGCUUGACCUCCUCUUCUGAUGUUUGAGAGAGUGAAUCUUAACACAGAGAAAGACUGUGAAUUGCAGGAGAGAAAGAGCAGCCGCUGUAGACUGCAAAUUUGCAUGAGCUAUUAAGCGGGGGCGGGGGGCAGGGAGUGAAGAGAGAGACGAGAAUAGUAAGCCCUGGAGGCAAAGGAGAGGACGAGGCUGCGCUCUGGUGCGUAACAUGUUCUAUAACACGCAGCGUGCCAUGUGGCCUGGCAGAUGGAAUAGAUGCUUGUCCUUCCAGCAAAGCCAGAAAAUCAGGCCAUCCUCAUUCUCUUCCCAGCAAAGAACCAUGUCUGACUUUGCUAGCAGGAGACUGGAUGCCUGGAUUUGACUCACAUGCCCACAUAGCCAUGGCAGAGAGCCUCUGGCUUGCUCUGUGGGCAUGUUCGUAUGCCUCCAGACCUCCCUGUUUGGCCCACAAUAAUAAUAAUAUUUAUUUAUACCCCACCCAUCUGGCUGGGUUUCCCCAGCCACUCUGGGCGGCUUCCAACCAUACACUAAAAUACAAUAACCUAUUAAACAUUAAAAGCUUCUUCCAAACCAUGCCCACCUGUCCUAUAGAUAAAGAUGCUGAUGGAUGCCACAAGGGAGUUUGCAGGCACUGAUGGUCAACUGAUUGUCAGGGCCUGCAAAGCCCUGCACUUCGCAAGCCCACAAGGAUCAUGUCAUAGUGAGGGCUUGCAAAGGGUCUUUUUGCUUUCAUGGUCUGAUUGCAAACCGCAAGGGUGCAAACAUUGUGGUGUCAGGUGACUUACAAGCAAGCAGUGAGGGAGAUCUCCUAUCUUGGCCCUGCCAUACAGGACAGAAGUCCAGUGCCUGGCCUGUAGAACUGGAAAUCUGGGCUAUUGGAUAGGUUUCCAUCUCCUGGUUUUAACAUGUUGCCCUACAUUGCUCCUUAUCCAUGCUAGUUCUGGCUCAAAAGACCAUUUCAAGUAAGGCAUAUUUCCACUCUUGGAAAUAUUUUAUGAGGAAGUGCUAGCUUUGAAGCUGGGACAUUCAAAUAAAUGACCUGUCGGGCAUGUGCUAACGUCAUAAAGGUUUUGUGUGUGGUUCUUGCAAAACCCUUGUGGUUCUGAAAACCUUUGAGAUCAAAUGAGCUCCUCGUGUUUUGCCCCAAAGACUAAAUCCACACUAUUGUGCCUGAACUUAGCACUCCAAAGAUGCCCUGAAUCCCAGGGUACAUUUCCAGUCUUCCGUCAGGGCAUGUCAAAGCAUCGUUUGCAAGGCUGACUUCAGCACAUCGCAGUCAGUGGCGAAAAAUAAAUGUGAAGUCAGAUUUAAAGAUAGCUAUGGGGUGCAGAGGUUACUGAGAUACAACAGUAGAAGAAAAGAGAAAGUCCAUCUACAGUGAGACAAAGGAGGAAAUCUUACAACAUCCAGAUAUACUGCUGACCUAGAGAACUGUAUGUCUGAUGCACUGGAAUACAAAAUAAAGUUCCACCAAAUAAGAAAUUCCCUUUUAA